GGAAAGUGUAGGCACUGGUAGGGCUAAGUGGAACUUUGAUCCAAAAAUCUACAAACUGCAAAGCAAAAAGAAAGAUCCGUGUCUAGGUUCCUAUUUUUUUAAGUGCAGUGAACGCAGCAUGAUCUUGAAGUUAAAGUUUGGGAAGCUGACGUCAACUUUUGAAAGCUUUUUGAAUCUAAGGAUUUCUUUAAAAAGGAAGUAAAGUUCAAGAUAUCAACAUAAAUCAGGAUGUAAGAAAAUAUAUAUUUUUUUAAAAAAGUAAAAUCUGUAAAAAAAAAAAAAAAAAGAAAAAAAAGAUAGGCUUCAUAAUUAGCGCGUGCAGCUCGAGUCUGCGCAGUGUGAACUCUGAACUUUGCUCUGCUCUUCUUCAUCCUCAUCUUCAUUUCUUGCUGCGUUUCACAGGUUUAGCGUGCGUGGUCUGAAAGGUGCGAGCGCGCGCGCUUCAGGGGCGUGGAGGUAGAGAGGAGCAUCCUCCCACGUGACCAGCCCUCCGCGCUCGCGCUCUCCUCCCCGGUCCGGCUCUCUUUUGUUGUGUCGCCGCCGCCGCUGCUGUUUGACUCGUCCGGAACCGCUCCAGCUCCGCGUGGAUCUGUCAGCCGUGUGCGGGGCUUUUCCUUCAUCUGCACGCGGAGACGCGCAGCUCGGCUGCGGGAAGGGGGGCGCGGAGGGGGAGGAUGCUGCCGCUGCUUCCAGCCCGGACGAACCGGAGCGGCUGCGAGGCUUCCUGAACGCGGAAUCCCGACGAGCGCGUCCGUCCACGUCCACGCAGAGUCGCGCAGAGCUUUCCUCUCUCCACCUCGGCCUGUGAGCCCCCCUCUGCGGGACAGGGCGGGAGCAGCCGGACUGUCCUCUCUUCCUUCGGUUCACCUGAGCUGAGAUCUUUCCCUGCGCGCGCGGACGUGGGAUCAUGCCGUCGGGUCCGGGGAGGUGUCGGCCCGGAGGGGGGGUCCGGUACCUGGCGUGCGCCUGGCUGCUGGCUCUGUUGCUGCGCGUGCCGGAGGCGCGUGCGUCUUAUUCCCACAGCGGGGAGUGCAGAGGCAAAGGGAAGGAGUGCACAGAUCUGUCAGAGAAGAAGAGCGACCUGAGGGUCUGCGAUGACUCCACCUGCAGGUACGGUGGCGUCUGCCACAAAAACUACGAGCCAGUGUGCGGCUCCAACGGCGACACCUACCAGAACGAGUGCUACAGACGGCAGGCGUCCUGCAAACAGCAGAGGCUCAUCUCCAGAGUGUCGGACGGGCCUUGCUCCGUCGAUCCUGGUUCUGGUUCAGGAGAUGGAGACGAUGAAGAGGGUUCAGGCUCAGAUGUUGGGAAGAAGUUCACCAAAUGCAGCACGUGUAAAUACGGGGCCGAGUGUGACGAAGACUCGGAGGACACCUGGUGCAUCUGCAACAUUGACUGCAGUGGUCACAACGAGAACCCGGUGUGUGCCACCGAUGGAUCCUCCUACAACAAUCCCUGUCUGGUCCGAGAGGCGUCGUGUAUGAAGCAGGAGCAGAUCGACGUCAAGCACCUGGGCAGGUGCCUCGCUGAUAAUCAAAAACCAGGAAAGAAAGACGACAGCAGCCCCUUCAAAAAGAAUGUUUUGGAAAAAGCAGGUCUGGAUCAUGGAGAGAGUUUCUAUGCCGGGAUGCCCCCCUGCUCUGACAGCUACUACUGCGUGCACGGGAAGUGUGAGACCACAAACAACAUCCCCUCCUGCAGGUGUGACACAGGCUACAAAGGUGCUCAGUGUGACGAGCCGCUGGACUUCAACAUCCUCUACGUGGUUCCCAGCAGACAGAAGCUGCGUUACGUUCUUAUCGCUGCCUUCAUCGGUGCCGUGCAGAUAGCCAUCAUCGUGGCCGUGGUGAUGUGCAUCACUAGAAAAUGUCCUAAAAACAACAGAGGACGCCGUCAAAAACAAAACAUGGGACACUUUUCUUCGGACACUAACUCCCGGAUGGUAUAGCUGUGUUUGUUGACGGUUCUUUUUGAUAAUUUUUUUGUUUAUUUUUACAGCGUGGAAAAACCAUUUUUAACUGUAGUUGUAGUAUUAAUAAAGAAUGGGGAUAUUUAUUUAAUGGGGCCUUACGCUUCCCUUUUUUUUUGGUUUUGGAUGGAAUUUGUGCGCCUUUAUUGUGUCAAGUUUUUGUUUUUCCGACGUUUCAAGAUCAAGAAGCCAAAUCAUCGCAGCCCAGCAUCAUGUUUUGUCACGUUACGUCUGUGGACGUUUGCGGUUCUUUUCUGUGCUGUUUACUACAAACUGUUGAUUCCCUUUUUCUGUUUAGCUCUUUACUGAUGAUGAGCAGCUGAUGACCAAAUGCAGUUUGUUUUCAAUGUUUUGUUGGAGGUGCGGGGAGGGGGUCACACAGUGUGAUAGAUUUGUUUACACUUAUUCUUUGGUAUGAAACUCCAUGUAAAGUCUCCACUGUAUUAAAAUAAGCUAACUGUUUAUUUUAUUUUUUUCUUAAAGUAGUUUUUAUACAUUUUUUAAUUUCGAUUUUGGAUUCUAGUUCCUGUAUAUUAGCAUGACUUGUGAAAACUGUGUACUGUGGCGUAGUUUAAACUUUUUCGAAGGUAAUGCUGUCAUCCUCGAUGCUGCCUCCAUCGCCCUCAGCUGGCAGGAAAGUGGAAAGACAAGGACCGUGAGAGGAGAUGGCGUCUUUGAGUGUAAACUAGAAGAAUGUGUCAUAUUAGCAUUGAAAAACCACACCGACCGUUGUACAUGUCAUUAUCGGCUUAGGAGCCUGAAUGUUUCCCAUCUUUGUCCGUCUGAAGUCAUAAUUGUAUUAGAAUGAUGUCAAGGUCAAAAGGUUACCGUUUGAUUACGUUUUGUUUUUUUGAGUAGGAGAGACUAUUUUUUGUUUGUUUGUUUCACAUUUUCUCUUCUGCAACACAUUCCAAGUGCACAAAACCUGAUAAAAAAACAAGAAAAAACAAUCAAGAAACUGUGGGCCAAACAUAAAACAUGUUUCAGAGAAGAGCACUUUUUUAAAAAAUAUAUUAAUGUCUUUGGCUACAAAUUUAUUUGAUUCCUAGCUUCAUGUUCUUGCUUAAAUGCUAUAACAGAUGUUACCACUAGAGGGCAGUAAAGAAAACUGACAACUAAAAGAUAAUAACGAGGAUGAAAUGUGGUUAUUUAUCCCAGCUGGAUCUUGAAGUCUCUAAACCGAACAGUCUCCGGUUCGAUUUUGUCCAACACUGCCCCUACUGGUCACCUGCAUAUUGCAUCUGUAGUAGCGUUCAUUUCGGAGGCCAUCUGUCACAGCUGCCAUCUUUACAAAAACAGGUCAUGAAUUUAGGCAUAAAAUAUUGUCUGGAGAUGGUUUUCAUGAAUGCAUGUCUGUAAGGAUCCAUGUGGAUCCGGACGAUCUGCCCAAGCUCCGCCCUGCCUGAGACUGUCAGCCGCAGCGCGUGAGGGGUCUGCGCAUGUGUCGGGGAAGAAUGCUGGAUGCUCGUUUCGUGCUCCGUCUGUAUUUCAUGUUUGUACUGUGUUCGAGUCCCGUCCUUGAUAAACUGUUGGACUCACCCUUUCUUUUUCAUGAUGUUUGGACAAACACAAUAAACUAAUCUCAACAAA